AUGACUGCACCGAUCAUGCUAAGCUUGGUAGUGCUUUGCUGUGUCCCUAUUGCCUUUGCAAAGAACACUCGGUUCAUAAAUUUCUUCCCAGCCUACCGGAGGUUUUUUAUCCAGACCCGCGAUGGCCCAUGUGCCGCAAAAUUUGCCCUACAACAGGCCGGGACUGACGUCUGUUGGAGUCUCUUAAAUUGCAUGCUAGAAAAUACAAGUGAGGUGAUACAAGCCGACACAGCAAGUGGAAUCGUCGCCUUAGGACUAACACCAACAAUUCUUACAUUCCUCGGUUCAGGCACAGCAGAGACCAGUCUUCUGGCGCGACGCCGACCGCUACUCGCGCUUCUCAUAGCAUCCGGCUCUCCAGCAGUCAGUCCUCUCCCUACAUUCGUUUACCCAAACCCAAUAGAGGAGCUGAAAGCGAGAGACAACCACCUUGCUAUAAUGCAUUUCUCCCCGAUACAAGCGAUCUUUGUAUCGAUUCUGGAAUAUGUCCUUGUUAUGGGGGCUAUCGCGAACGUGUACACAACGGCUUUCUACAUGGGUUCUUGGACUAUCAACACAAUCAGCUGUGGCGAUAAUUGGUAUCCCCUUAGUUGGGCGGUUACUACACUUAUCAUUCACAUUUUCGGUUCAUGGUGUCUAGCACUACGAGUGAAUACGACUAAGAAGAAUAAAGGCAGCCGGAACCAGGCGGAGAGAUGGUUUUGUCGGUGGAUCAGACAUGAAAUUACACCCUGUAUCACGCAUGAGAAACUGGAAUUGACUUGGAAACCGGAGAGCUAUUUGUUUGUCGCGAUAUCUUGGUGGACUUCUUUGCUUACAGUGGUGCAUCUCAUAUGGGGAACGGUUGUAUUCAGUUCUAUUCAAUUUAUAGGAUAUAUGGAUUGCAUUCCGCUUAUUGCGAGGUUCAUGGGCUCCGCCGUGAUCUGUCGCGCAAUUUUGAUGUUUGAGCUCGCUGGCAUGCGAAAUGCCCUUCAGUUUGAGAGCUCACGCGAGGAAUACUCUCUAGUGUGA